AUGAUGAACUUAUGCCUUGGAUACGACAACAAAUAUUUCUCCAUGAGAUCUAUUUUUAUCGGACAUGGACCUAGGUUUAAGAGCGGAAAGAAAGUACCGUCGUUUGAGAAUGUUCAGAUCUACAAUGUUGUUGCAGAGAUACUCGGACUCCGACCAACUUCGAACAAUGGCUCUUCUUUAUUCAGUAGGAACAUUCUCUCAAACUUUGGAAAAACAGGGAAAUUUGAAUGA